AUGGCUACAGGUGCCAGCGGGAUCCCCAGUGUCAUGCGCGCUGGUAGACGCGUUGGCGGUGCUGGGACGGGGGGAGUGGAGGAUUAUGAGUGCGCGCUGGUAGACGCGUUGGCGGUGCUAGGACGGGGGGAGUAUGGAUGGCGCGACGCGGAGAGCUACCCACCAAUAUUGUCACGGAUCAUCAAGGUGGCACGGUUAUGCCACACGGUGCUCAACGACCAGGUCAACUAUCCAACAGGUGGGGGUGGAAUGGACGUCCAUUCCAUUUAG